UUGCCUUAAAGGAGGUGGGAGGUGAGGGGCGGCAAGCGGAUUCAUCUGGAAGAGGGCUAUCACUUCUUUGCCCCCCCUCCGGGCCUGGAUGGAAACCACAGCUCCCUUAUCCCGGCUGUUCGCUGUUGAACUCGAGCACCGCUGAGCGGCCGAGCAAGAGGCUAUUUAUAACCCUGAGAGUUUUGCAAUGUUACUGAAUUGCCUCGACCUAAUUUCCACUUCCUUUCUUUAAAAUGAAAAUGAAGAGUUAGCAAGCAAGUACUGAAGGAGUUCCCCACAAGGAGACCCUCCAUCCGGGAAUGGGCUCGGGAGAACACGACCGCUCCUACUCUCCUGCCUCCUAACGCCUCCACAGAGAAGCAGUGGGAUACUCGCCCCUUUCUUUGCAGUAGAGUCAGGGGCGCUAAACCUGGUCUUGCAGUGAGACACGUCCAGUGAGACGUCAGAGACGACAGCCAGACUCUCAACAGUGGAAAUACUGUGUCGUUAGAAAGUGGCGGGACGUGGAGGGAACACCAAACAACCAGAACAAUUCACGCCAGUCCCUUUCCCCUUCGAGGCGGCGCUGGUUCACAGGAGUGGAGGAAGUCAGAGGUGAAGGAUUUGCGCAGACACUGGUGCUCGCUGAGCCAGAGCUGUGCGCCCAGUGCUGUGCUAGUCCAGGGAAGGAAGAGAACAUGUGGAUGGACAGAAGAAAUGGAAGAACGUGGCCUGCCUCACGGAAACAGCAAGGAGUCUGGGAAGACCUGGCUAGACGGAGAACCGAGUAGCCCAUGAGGAAGUGGGGCUGUCCUCUAGACAGUGGGGAGCCACUCCCUGCUGGGCCAGUGAGCUCUCGUCAUGCAAGUUUCUUCCCUUCAGGGUGCUUUAGCUUCAGGCGGCUGUGUCGGUGUGUGCUUCUUGGAGAAGUAGGGCCUGUUGCGAACAAUGCCGCCCCCAUCGGACAUUGUCAAAGUAGCCAUUGAGUGGCCAGGUGCUAACGCUCAGCUCCUUGAAAUCGACCAGAAACGGCCCCUGGCAUCCAUCAUCAAGGAAGUUUGUGAUGGGUGGUCGCUGCCAAACCCGGAGUAUUACACCCUCCGAUAUGCAGAUGGCCCCCAGCUCUACAUCACCGAGCAGACGCGCAGUGACAUUAAGAAUGGGACCAUCUUACAGCUGGCCAUCUCCCCGUCCCGGGCUGCACGCCAGCUGAUGGAGAGGACCCAGUCGUCCAACAUGGAGACCCGGCUGGAUGCUAUGAAGGAGCUGGCCAAGCUCUCCGCUGAUGUGACCUUUGCCACUGAGUUCAUCAACAUGGAUGGCAUCAUUGUGCUGACAAGGCUUGUGGAAAGUGGAACCAAGCUCUUGUCCCACUAUAGUGAGAUGCUGGCAUUCACCUUGACUGCCUUCUUAGAGCUCAUGGACCAUGGCAUUGUCUCCUGGGACAUGGUUUCCAUCACCUUCAUUAAGCAGAUUGCAGGGUACGUGGGUCGGCCCAUGGUGGACGUGUCCAUCCUUCAGAGGUCCCUGGCCAUCCUGGAGAGCAUGGUCUUGAAUAGCCAGAGUCUGUACCAGAAGAUCGCGGAGGAAAUCACCGUGGGACAGCUCAUCUCUCACCUCCAGGUCUCCAACCAGGAGAUUCAGACCUACGCCAUUGCACUGAUUAACGCGCUUUUCCUGAAGGCUCCUGAGGACAAGCGACAGGAUAUGGCCAAUGCCUUUGCACAGAAACACCUUCGGUCCAUAAUCCUGAACCAUGUGAUUCGAGGGAACCGCCCAAUCAAAACCGAGAUGGCCCAUCAGCUGUACGUCCUGCAAGUCCUGACCUUUAACCUUCUGGAAGAAAGGAUGAUGACCAAGAUGGACCCCAAUGACCAGGCUCAAAGGGACAUUAUAUUUGAACUGAGAAGAAUUGCAUUUGAUGCCGAGUCUGACGCUACCAGUGUCCCCGGGAGUGGGACUGAGAAGCGCAAAGCCAUGUAUACCAAGGACUACAAAAUGCUGGGAUUUACUAACCAUAUCAACCCAGCGAUGGACUUUACCCAGACUCCUCCUGGAAUGCUGGCCUUGGACAACAUGCUGUACUUGGCAAAAGUCCAUCAGGACACCUACAUCCGGAUCGUCCUGGAGAACAGCAGCCGGGAGGACAAACACGAGUGCCCCUUCGGCCGCAGCGCCAUCGAGCUCACCAAAAUGCUCUGUGAAAUCCUGCAGGUUGGGGAACUGCCCAAUGAGGGCCGCAACGACUACCACCCGAUGUUCUUCACCCACGACCGCGCCUUCGAGGAGCUCUUCGGGAUCUGCAUCCAGCUGCUGAACAAGACCUGGAAGGAGAUGAGGGCAACAGCCGAGGACUUCAACAAGGUCAUGCAGGUGGUCCGAGAGCAGAUCACUCGAGCUUUGCCCUCCAAACCCAGCUCUUUGGAUCAGUUCAAGAGCAAACUGCGUAGCUUGAGCUACUCUGAGAUUCUGCGGUUGCGCCAGUCCGAGCGGAUGAGUCAGGAUGACUUCCAGUCCCCGCCAAUUGUGGAGCUGAGGGAGAAGAUCCAGCCUGAGAUCCUGGAGCUGAUCAAGCAGCAGCGGCUGAACCGGCUCUGUGAGGGCAGCAGCUUCCGGAAGAUCGGGAACCGCAGGAGGCAAGAACGUUUCUGGUACUGCCGCUUGGCCCUGAACCACAAGGUCCUGCACUAUGGUGACUUGGAUGACAACCCGCAAGGGGAGGUGACGUUUGAAUCCCUGCAGGAGAAAAUUCCUGUUGCAGACAUUAAGGCCAUUGUCACUGGGAAGGAUUGCCCCCACAUGAAAGAGAAGAGUGCUCUGAAACAGAACAAGGAGGUGUUGGAGUUGGCGUUCUCUAUCCUCUAUGACCCUGAUGAGACCUUAAACUUCAUCGCACCCAACAAGUAUGAGUACUGCAUCUGGAUUGACGGCCUCAGUGCCCUUCUGGGGAAGGACAUGUCCAGUGAGCUGACCAAGAGCGACUUGGACACCCUGCUGAGCAUGGAGAUGAAGCUGCGGCUCCUGGAUCUGGAGAACAUCCAGAUUCCCGAAGCCCCACCGCCAGUGCCCAAGGAGCCCAGCAGCUAUGACUUUGUCUAUCACUACGGCUGAGCCUGGAGCCAGACUCCACGGUGCCCAGGAAGGGAUUUGGGGCCCAGAAGAAACACCCACAGACUGGUGCCUUGUCUUUUGCUUGUACAGAAUCUGUAGUGACCACAGUGGCCAGUAAAUGCCAGCCAUUCCUCAGACUCCCCUCAGACCACCCAGAGCUUCCUCUUGGUCCCCACCCGCCGCCACAAGUCACCAAGGCAGGGUGCUUGGCCCUCCCUGUCACCGCGGAGCCUGGGAUCAGAGCAUGAGGAAUGAACAGCAGGCACCCCUGCCUUCCGGGCCAGGGACUGCUUGGGCUGGAGUUAACAAGUCACUCACCUUUUCUUCCUGAGUCUGCUCUCUGGUCAGCUGGAUCCCCGGGUAGGCAAGCGCGAGCCCAGCAAAGGCUGCCUGCAGAGGACAGAUGUUUUGGGCAUAUCGAGAGCCUCAGAGAGACUGCCUUUGGGUGACCCGUGCCUGUGUCUCACAUCCAAGCAGAGGCCUUGGCCUUUGCUUGGUAGAUGCCUUGCCCUUGCUUUCAUCGCCUUCGUGAGGGCUCACUCCGGCCUCAUUCAGUGCCAACAGGCUGCUGCCACUGAGGCUCGGCUCUAACAUCUCUGGUCUCCGGAGCCACUAGAUCUCUCUUGCCCAUGCACUUGUCUGGGCGGAUGGAAAGUUCUCCCUACCAAGCUCUCAGGCUCUCAUCCUGGCAAGUCAAAGACAUGUGAGCUAAGUCCUCCCCUCUAGUCUCAAAGAACUCUGCAGGGAGAGCCCAGACGAGGCCUGGGCGAAACUGGUGAGGCCACUAGAGUCCACUCCCCCCCCCACAUUUUUAUCUUUUCCUUCCUUAGAGAGAAAUCUCUCACCUAACCUGAAUGGCAGUCCCCUCCUCUUUGCUUUCCUUUGGCCUCCCCGACCUCAGGAAGUUUGGCCUUCCCUUCCCCCCAUCCCAGUGCUGUGGUUUCUGCCAUUGGCCAUGAUUUCAGGGAGCUAGCUGAGGCCACAGCAGUGCCAACAGGGCUUCCCUGGUGCUGUGGCACAUGUCAACCACGCACCCAGCCUCUCUCCUUGGACAUGUGAACACAGUGGCAAUCAGUAUCGUAGUAGCCCGGCAUGGUAGGUACUGCCCGAUGAAGAGUGUACUAUAUAUUUUCUUUACUAGAGGCCAUACUUAUACAAACGUGUAUAUAUAUUUAUAUAAGAUCUACCUAUCCUAGGACGGAAUGUUUGAAGGAAAAUAAAAUUGGAGGCUCCCUCUAAAAAAAACAAAACAAAACAAAAAAUCCUCCACUUCCAGUUGUGAGCCAAGAGAGUAACCCGAGAGCAGCCAGGAGCUUCCUGCCAGUAACCAUGUUUUCAAUAAAUACUCUUUCAUGUACAAA